AUGCACGACCUACCUGCAGAUGAAUCAGCGAAUGCCGAAGUACAUUCCUCGGAGAUGGUCACAGACGUUCGCGAUGCCUGCUUCAAUAGGGAAAACGCGAAAAAGGUUCAAGGAACUGCCGAGGCGCCACCCAAUAUGAUCGAAAACGCGAAAGGAGAAGAUACCAAAAUGAACGGUGUCGACGCUCAACCACCUCCAAACACGAAUGCCACCCAAACGAAGACUUCAGAGGAAGGUAGCGACGAAAGUAAAGGCGCGCGCCACGACGAAGACGUUUCUCUGGACCCCCACAAAUCAUCUUCCAACGAAGAGAACGCUGCUAGCCAACAAGAAUCGCUUGAGGUAGCCCCACUUCGGAAGACACGACCAUCCUGGGCCCCAAAACCUCUGCAAAAAGGAAAUAAAGACGCUGAAGACGCACAAAUGUCUUUGAGUAAGGAAAAAGGAACAGAAACGAAAAUCGAUGGUGAUAGUAUGGAAGUCGACAGCCCAGAUCACACCCCAAUCGACGACACUGUGGAGGCGCCCAAGCCUGAAACGAAGAAUGCGCCGAACGCUGAAGAAAGCGAAGUCGUUGCCUUACAAGGUUAUCCAUCCGCCAACGCCGAAGACAGGCGUCAAAUGGAACAUACCUCAAUCGUUGAUGAGGCCGAGAGGCGGCCAGAAGGAAAGAACGACAUCGAAGAUGCGCAAAUGGCAGGUCCAACCGUAGACGGUCCAGAAUCAGUUUUAGAAGACGCCAAACUGAAUUGCGACCGGGUGAAAAUCGAUUCCGCUCAACCCAACAACAUCGUCGAGAAAGUCAAAUCCGGCCCAAAGACUCCAAAAACGCGCCAGGAGUUCAUCGAAGACAUCGUAAUUCGCUUCGCCGACUCCAGAAAACGCCACCUCUCUGCUGAUGCCUCCGCCAAAGAGAAAGAUCGUGGUCGCCAGAAAGUACUAAACGAUAAGGAGACGCGCCACCGACUCAUCUUCCAGCAGUGGCCGCGCGCGCCGAAGGGUGAAAUCCUCCGCAAGGAGAACAGCGAGCCGGGGAAGAUGGCGCCGAACGGCCAGCAGCUCUGGGGCGCGUCGUUGCUCGACUUCUACAUCGUGAGGCGGAUUCCGGACUUGAUGGGCCUAGCGACAUUCACGACGGGCAGCAAGAUGCUCGCGUGGGUAAGGAAGCACGGAGAGGACGAGUUUGCGAAGGAGUUUGUCCGCAACGCGGAAAAGGAACCGGACCCGGAGAAGAUCGAGCCGUACGACAUUGCGAAGGCGAUCAUGGAAAUGGAGCAGGCACUGCGAACGCGGAUGGGCAAGGUAGACAUGGAAUGGCAUCCAACGGGAUCAGUGUUCCAGCCAGACGCUUAUCCUCCAGGGUGGUCAAGGGGGCCUUUAUUUGAAAACGCGGACCCGUACGUCCCUAGCUUGCGAAAGUACAUCCCGCACACUCUGUUGCCCUCUCGACUCGUCGUACACGACCCGUGGAACGUGCUCACUGUGGCGUACAAGAAUCGUGAUUGGUGGAACGCCAAGAGAAAAUGGUCAGAGGAGGACGACAUGACGUACAUAUACAAACUCUCCAGCAAUGAGAAUACCCCGUCGAAGAAGCAGGACGAAAAAGACAGAAUAGCGAGGGAGGAGAAGCGCAAGAAGGUACUGGAGACAUUCCUCGCGGACCCGCAUACACGCAACGAGCUUCCAGACGGAGUGAUGGUCCAGACAGACAACAAGUCAGGCCAUUUAUCGCCGAUCUAUAUUGUUUUUCCGCCUGAGCCCGAACGUACGCCGCCGAAGGAGGCUCAUCUCUACAUGAUGCCGUCGCACAGGAUUGGCACGGGAAACCAUUCCCAUGUGUUCAAGGCACGCUGGGAGUUGCCACGAUCCUUCCUUGUGAAGGAAGAGCUCUGCAUGACGUGCGUAAUGGACGAUAUGGCUGAGCAGCUGAAGGAACAGGAGGGUGAUGAAGCGAAGUCGCACGGGAUGUGUGGCGUAUAUGUUUGCAAGGUUGAAUCGAGACCGGAGGUGGUGACGACGAUGGCGAACGAGGACGGCGAGGAGCAACAGUACAUCCUCGAAGAAGGGCACUACUCCGAGAAGAUGGUUUACGAAGGUUCCCUUCGCGUGAUUCUCACUCGAGUCAAGUACCAGAACCUCGAGCGCGGCCCAUACUGUGCGCAUAUCCGGAAGGAAGAAAGGGCUAUCCACCCCCUCACCGCUACAGUUAGCGUCGCUGCGAAACUGUCGAUAGAAGAUGAUUACCAUCUGGGCAGAGAAGUCAAAAACUACCAGGGCUUCCCUCGACACUUCUGGGAGCAUUGGAGCGGCUAUAACCUCAUCCAUCCCAUUCACGACCCCGUCCCCAUCGGUCCUCUGGCACCACAGUUCUAUGGGUAUUAUGUUCCCGACGAUGACGCGAUGGAGGAAGAGGCGAAGCUGGAGGCCGCUCACCAAGUGUCACAGGAGCAACAAAUUUCGGCCGCGACGCAGGACCAAAACAUGGAGGUCGGAGAUGGCGGUCGCGGAAACCCGGAUGCAGCAGAGGCAGAUGAUCAGGAGAAGGAUGAUGAAUCUCCUUCCCUUGGUGCUGGAGAGGCGAAAGAGCAAGGCGAUGAUAGUGGAAUGGAUGUCCAGAAGAAUGGGGAUGGAAGUGCCGAUCGUGAUUCCGGAGAGGUGGCGAUGGAUGCUUCGGACGAGGACGUGCAAGAUGUCCAAAUGGCCGACGCAGCAGCUGAGGACUGCGCCCGUUGUUCUGAAGGCUCGAAGUCGCAAAACGAGAGGCCGGCAGACCAAAACACGAGAGACACAGUUGAAACCCCUGAUGGUGACAGAGAAGGCGAGGAGAAGGUGGAGGCAUCGAAAGAAGGGCAGGAGGACCAAAGCAACGAUGACUCAAUGGCUACAAAAUCCGAUCCCGUCUCUAAAUCCCCGCCUGCUAAACCCAGAGUUCGACCAGAGUACCUCAGCCCGAUUCUGCUUAUCGAGAACUGUGGUCAACCGAUUGAACCAAAUUUGCUAACGGUCGACGACAAGCAAGAAUGUGUAUCCAUGGUUCUCCGCUUCCAUGAUGCGGGGUACAUCCACGGCUCCGUCGCCCGUCGAAAUAUCCUUCGCGUUCCUGGUCCUCUGGCGGCCUCAGCCUCCGAGCGGGUUACGAACGCCGACAACACUGGCGACCAUGGAGUCAACUGGAGUUAUAGGCUAAUAGAUUUCGGGAGAAGUUACAAUGCAGAAACAAAGUCUGCAGAGGAAGUGAGACGCGAAGUUGUGACCGAAGAUAUGGAGGUCACCAACUGGCUUUGGGGACUUGACACUCUGCACUGA